AUGGGUGACUUUCACCACACUUGGUUGAAGGCACGCAAAGUGUUUGUAAGAAUGCUUAGCAGUGAAGGCGGGGCCAGCGUGGGCUGUGAUACCCUGCUGGACGCCUCGGACCUCGCCAAGCGCCUCUGCAAGCUCAUCAUCUCCUGCCGGAAGGCCUCGGCCCUCGAGCACGAGCUCGACCACAGCGGCAUCCGCGUCACGCCCGAGGUCGCGGAGCGCGUCCUUGAGCGCCUCGACAACGCCGGCAUGCUCGCAUACCGCUUCUUCGAGUGGACGCGCAGGCAGAAGCGCGGCGGGUGUGCCCAUACCGUGCGUUCCUACCACACGGUGGUCGUGUCCCUAGCCAAGAUCAGGCAGUACCAACUCAUGUGGGACGUCGUGGCCGUCAUGCGCAAGGAGGGUGCGGCCAAUGUUGAAACGUUCGGCAUCAUCAUGCGCAAAUAUGCCCGGGCGCAGAAGUUCGAUGAGGCAGUUUACACGUUCAACAUCAUGGAGAGGUAUGGUGUUGCCCACAACCUCGCUGCCUUCAACAGCUUGCUUGGUGCACUGUGCAAGUCUAAGAACGUGCGCAAGGCGCAGGAGAUCUUUGACAAGAUGAAUAAUCGGUUCAGUCCUGAUGCCAAGACCUAUAGCAUCUUGCUUGAGGGUUGGGGGGAGAGCACCCAACCUCCCAAAGAUGCGGGAGGCCGAGUCGAAGAGGCUGUCUGUGUCGUGCAGGACAUGAGCUCCAGGGGAUGCCAGCCGACAACCUUCAUAUACAGCGUCUUAGUGCAUACUUAUGGAGUUGAUAUGAGGAUUGAGGAUGCUGUUGCAACAUUUUUGGAUAUGGAGAAGGAUGGGAUUGUGCCUGAUGUUGUUGUGUACAAUGCGCUCGUCACUGCCUUCUGCAAAGUGAAAAAGUUUGACAAUGCCUUCAGAGUCAUGGAUGACAUGGAAGGCCAUGGAAUUUCCCCCCAAUUCAAGGACCUGGAACAUCAUCCUAAAUACUUUGAUUAG